GCGCUUCAGGUCAGUGGGUCCGCGCCCCGGAGACAUGGCCGUGCUGGGCGUGCAGCUGGUGGUGACCCUGCUCGCCGCCACCCUCAUGCACCGGCUGGCCCCGCACUGCUCCUUCGCACGCUGGCUGCUCUGCAAUGGAAGCUUAUUCAGGUACAAGCACCCCUCGGAAGAGGAGCUGCGGGCACUGGCCGGGAAGAAGCCCCGAGGCCGGCGGGAGAGGUGGGCCAAUGGCCUUGGUGAGGAGAAGCCCCUGUCUGUGCCCCGAGACGCCCCUUUCCAGCUGGAGACCUGCCCAGUCACAGUGGUGGAUGCUCUGGUGCUGCGCUUCUUCCCCGAGUACCAGUGGUUCGUGGACUUUGCCUUGUACGCGGGUGGCGUGUACCUCUUCACCGAGGCCUAUCGCUGCACGCGGGGCGCGGCCGGCGAGCCCAACAUCGCGCUGCUCUGGUGUCUGCUCUGUGUGGCCUUCUCUCUCAAAAUGCUCCUGACGGUCACGCGGCUGUAUUUCGGGGCGCAGGAGGAGGGGGAGCGCUCCGUGUGCCUCACCUCCGCCUUUGUUUUCCUGCUGCUCGCCCUGCUGGUGCAGGUGUUGCCUGACACCACCCUGGAGCUGGGCCUGGAGCCAGGCAUGGCCAGCAUGACCCAGAACCUGGAGCCACUCCUGAAGCCUCAUGGCUGGGACUGGGCGUUGCCUCUGGCCAAGCUGACCAUCCGUGUGGGGCUGGCCGUGCUGGGAUCCAUGCUGGGCGCCUUCCUCACCUUCCCGGGACUGCGACUGGCUCAGACCCACCGGGACGCGCUGGCCAGGGCCGAGGGCCGGCCGCUGCUGCAGCUGUUCCUGCACCUGAGUUUCCUGUCCCCCGUCUUCAUCCUGUGGCUCUGGACCAAGCCCAUCGCCCGAGACCUCCUGCAGCAGGCGCCCUUCGGGGGUACCACCGUCUCCCUGCUGUCGGACGCGGCCUUCGACUCGCUGCGCCUGUGGGUGCUGGUGGCGCUGUGCGCGCUGCGCCUGGCGGUGACGCGGCCGCACCUGCAGGCCUACCUCUGCCUGGCCAAGGCCCGCGUGGAGCAGCUGCGGCGGGAGGCCGGCCGCAUCGAGGCCCGCGAGGUCCAGCGGCGGGUGGUGCGCGUGUACUGCUACGUGACGGUGGUGAGCCUGCAGUACCUGACGCCGCUGGUGCUCACGCUGCACUGCUCGCUGCUGCUCAAGACGCUGGGCGGCUACUCCUGGGGCCUGGGCCCCGCCUCCCCGACACCCCUCGCCUUGUCCUCGGGGUCUUCAAGCACCGAUGCACAGCCGGACCCCACGGGAGACGAGAUCCAGCGGACGGCGGAGCACAUCGCCGGGGCCCUGGGUGGACUGUUCACGCCGCUCUUGCUCCGCGGCAUCCUGGCCUUCGUGGUGUGGUGGACAGCGGCCUGCCAGCUGGUCUGCAGCCUGUCGGGCCUGUACCUGCAGCAGCACAUGGCUGGCUGCUAGUGGACUCCGCCAGGGCCCUCUCAGAGAGGUCCAAGUGCCUCGG